GCUCUUCAUCUGGCAACACUAGAUCAGCUGACUCCCCGCCAAACCCAAGAUGUCGCAGUAUAUAAGAAAACUGUACACAAUUAUAUUCGUCAGGGAAGGAACGAGAGUUCUGCUUGGAUACAAGAAGCGAGGAUUUGGCCAAGGAAGAUGGAAUGGAUUCGGAGGCAAGGUGGAGUCCGGUGAAACAGUAAAGGAAGGCGCCGUCAGGGAGUUGAAGGAAGAGGCUGGUAUUGAUGUGCCUCACCAAGAUGUGGAAAAAGUGGCUGAUCUUGAGUUUACCUUCGAGGGAGAGAAGACACUCAUGCAUGUGCACGUCUUUCUCGUCAAAGCCUUCACCGGGACGCCCACAGAGAGUGAAGAGAUGAGGCCACGUUGGUUUUCCAUGGAAGAGCUGCCGUUCUCAGACAUGUGGCCGGACGAUCCCAUGUGGCUUCCAGUGGUACUGCGUGGAGGGAAGGUGCGGGCCGCCUUUCACUUCCGUGGCCACAACGAUAUCCUCUCGCAGCGCAUUGAGGAAGUGGAUGCCUUUGCCUAAACGUGUUGGUUGGCUGUGUGGAAACUGAACAACAUUCGAGUAAUGAAUGCAUUGUUCAUUAUUAUUGUUAUUAUUAUUAUUAUUAUUAUUAUUAUUAUUUUCAUUAUUUUCAUUAUUUUCAUUACCAUAGCCAGUCGGUAAUUCUAUGGUGAAAUAAAAAUUUCCCGUGCACAAAAUGUUGCCAUGAGUCACUCUUAGUAAAGAAUAAUUACAA